AUGGACGGCAACGAGUUUGUCGAGCUGUGGCUGCAGCGAGUCAACGACCGUUCACGCAACACGACCGCUAUUCUGGGGAAGAGACACGACAGGCAUCGUACGCAAAGAGGAGCGGUACGGCAUCGAGAACACCUUGCUGGUGGAGCCGCGUGUGAUACGAUCGGUCAGGAUCAAAAGCAUUCAUGGGUUGAUGACAACCCUCUUGCACCAAAUCAACACGCUCCACAGGCCCCUAUUCGAGAUCGUGUUGAUACGGCUAAUGGAUCUCUGGAAGAUGAUUCACCGCGGAUGCCAGCAUUCGAGAAGAGAGCCAGGCACAAGACAAGGCAUGACAAGUACGAUUUGCAUGCAUCGCCCCCAAAAAUAGUCUCGAAAAGCAAAGCAGAGAAGAUCAAGCGCCCAAGUCGACGCAGAGAGACCAACAACAGGAUGCUGCUAGCUUCACGUGAGGUCAUGGAGAAGUUCGCUCCAGAAGCAGUCCAUAAUAGCCGAGUGACGCUGCAGCCUGCCAAUACGCCUGGUCUGUUCUAUAAUGGUCGUCACGCUACACAGAAGAAUCUUGGACACGGCUCCAUGGAAAUUGCGUCGUCUCAUGAGCACCGACCGGCGAAGAAACGCAUACCCUCACGGUCUCGUGACAGAAAACACAAGAAAAGGGGAAGAGAAUUAGACGAAGCUUCCGACAUAUUCAGGCGUCCUGUCUUACAGGGCGAUCGUCAGCAGGUGCAGGGUAUGAGUAAUAUCGUCAAAGACCAAGAGAUAAGCGGCUACAGACUUGGAGAGGUCAUCCGUGACCAGCCAGAAAAUCGUUUUUUAUUCCCACCCGAAAACAUACGCGAAGACCGACCAUCAACGGGCCAGAAUACCUCCUAUUACACUUGGUCCACGAGUGACAUGUCCAGAGGAAGGCGUCCUGACCAGCAAUCACACGAGCUGGGACGCGUCUGUCAAGAAAGUCUGACGCCAGAUCAUGUACAGCAAGCUCUGCAAGAAUCUGGAGUGCUCGAAGGUACAGGUGUAGGUAAAAGAGGCUGUCAGGUUCAGAACCCACAACAAAUCGGCGCACUGAGGUCUGGGAACUUGCCCCGCGAGGUAGAGGGCCAUGUCGCAGGCCACGAUACCCUGAACCAUAGUCGCCCAAUUACUGCGAUAAUACACUACGAAGACAAGGGUGUGAUGGCAAGAGAGAGUUCGCUCGACCGAGAGGCGAGAAUGGAUCAUUCGGUAGCCUCCGAAGAGAUGCAUGAGAAGGCUUUCAAGGGAGAGGUGUCUCGGGACGAGAUUGCCAAACAAAUCUAUCUCAAGUCGCCGGCACCCAAAUCCCCUUUACCAUUCUCUCCAGCACCUCCACGACCGCAGCGGACUAUUUCGCUAGAGGAGACGCCUGAGCGAUGUUUCCAGCGUGUUGACGAAGACCACAUAUCACGGCCCCUCACAGCGCCUGUAGGGUCAACACCCAGUGACCGUGUCGUUCGCCUGCCUAAAGAGUGCCCGGCUGUCCAAGUCACUAAAUCACCUGCUGAUACUCAGAUUCAGUCUCAACCAGAUACUGGUCGCACCAAAACUACCCGGACCAGAGAUGUCGCGACGAAGAAUGGUUCAGCACCAUAG